AUGUCUGGCUCUCAGUGUUUUGAGAAUCCACCAAUCGUCAGCUCAACUUGUGGAGCAGGGAGUGUCCAAGAACUUGGAGGCCUCAAAACUUACGCCACUGGGUCACAAGAAUCCAAGCUUGCCGUCCUUUUAGUUUCUGAUGUUUUCGGGUAUGAAGCUCCGAACUUGAGGAAGCUUGCAGACAAAGUUGCGGCUGCUGGAUUCUUGGUGGUUGCCCCUGAUUUCUUUUAUGGUGAACCUUUUGAUUUCAAUAACCCUCAUCUGGAUCGAGAUUCAUGGAGAAAGGCUCAUAGCAUGGACAAAGGAUUUGAAGAUGCUAAGACAGUAGUUGCUGCUUUGAGAAGCAAAGCAGUGUCUUGUAUAGGAACUGCAGGCUUUUGCUGGGGUGGACCUAAUGUGAUGGACUUGGCUUCUGAAUUUGAGUUUAUUGAAUUUGUCUCAGGUGUGCAAGUUGUUGCAGAUGUCAAGAUUCCAACUGUGAUAUUGGGAGCUGAGAUCGACACUGCUUCCCCACCAGAACAACUAAAGCAUUUUGGGGAGAUUUUAUCCGGAAAAACUGUUGAUAGCUUUGUGAAGAUAUUUCCUGGUGUUGCUCAUGGAUGGACAAUGAGGUACAAAGAUGAUGAUGAAUCAGCUGUCAAGAGUGCUGAAGAGGCUCAUGGGGACAUGUUAAAUUGGUUUACCAAGUAUGUUAAAUGAAAAAAUUCUACAUGAAUUUGGGUCUGAAAAUGGGUUAUGUAAACGUUUUUGAGUUAAUAAACCGAAUCAAGAGAUUACAUUACCGAGAUUAUGAACUUUAUGCACUGGUAAUGUAAACUAUUGUAUUCAAGUUGAUGUAAUGUUUGCAGAAGCAGUUUGAUGUUUAAAAUCUGCGUAUUAUCGAGAUAUUUUUCUCGAGGAAAAUAGUU